AUGGCCGCAUCAGACCAGGGGGCGUCCAACGCGGCAGAAGAUUCUGCCAACACGAGAUGGCAAUUCAUCGACGCUUCUGAUAAUAGUCGAAGCAACCUAACCCAGGUCAAACGCCAUGUUAUGCAAGAGUAUAUGCGCCAGAAGAAGGGGGGCUCCCGCAACAGCGAGAGUGAAGAAGAUCAGAGUCGCCCCACUACUAAGCGUGGCCGACCAAAGAAGACCCGAGCUGCAAAACGCAGAUCUACUAAAAAGACCGCCGAGAGCGAUCAAAGCUCAAGUCAGCCAAAACUAGCCACAAAGAAGACAACUACCGCCAAGGAAGAAGAUGCGCCCGCCGAUAGCGAAGAAAUCGGUCCAGAUGACAUCUCCGAGGCCAUUGACGCUUUGGUGGCAGCUGACAUUCCUGAGACGACUGUUGGUUUACCUUUUCGUACAUCGCCUGUACGAUCCCAAGAACUUCUAUUUCAAUCACAUACCUUUAUCGACAGAUCUCCUCAGAGUCAAGGUCAAAUCACAGACUUCAAUAGUCUUGCAGCAUGGUCUUCAAAACCCACUACACCUUUCGAGCUCACAAGGUCACCACGGACCAUUCUGAGCGCAGCGCGGACGGAUCCAUUCAACACUCUUCCGCUGGAGCUAGAUCUCGAAGGACAGAAGCUCUUCGACUUUUACGUGAAUGAGAUGCCUGCUUGUUCCUAUGGGUCUCAUUUUAGAUCGGCCAAGGCCCACAACUGGUACAUUCAAGUCUUCGUCCCAGAGGCAAUGAAAGGGCCCGUGGCGUUUCAAAAUACCAUUCUAGUCCACGCUGCAAAUACCUGGGCCUGGGUCCGUAAUGAGACUGAGACCUCGAAUACGCUCAUACACCGAGACCGGGCGAUCACAAUGCUCCGUGAACAUCUACAUAAUAACCCCAGGGACAAUUCAGACGUCGCUAUCAUCUCCUGUUUGAGUGCUGCCGCGCUUGAAGAUUUCGAUCCCCGUCCCGGUCACAAGGAGAUUAGCUGGGUCCAUAUGCGUGCAGCUCGCGAGAUGAUUCGAUCGCGAGGAGGAUCGAUCGCCUUUGCAAAUACUCGGCUGGGGAUGUUGAUCAAUUGGCAAGAUUAUAUCCUCUCCGGGUAUGAAACACAUGGACCGAGUUUUUUCUUCGAGCAACAACCACCUCCAUCAACUUCCUUAUCUCAACCUCCCCACUCAUCAUUUCAACCCUCUCAACACCCGCAUUGCAUGCCUUCACCUCCAGAAUCUACACCCUCCGCAUGCUCGGACACGGCGCCCGGAGAACCUGCUCCAGCCAUCGCGCCUACCUCCAUCCACACAAGCUCUCCAAUUGAUGAAAUCCGACUCCAAUGCGAAGAAUUCCUCGACUUCCUCCGACGCUGCGAGCAACUCGCCCUUUACCAGAAAACAAACCCAGAAACUUGUGAUGUUUCGCGGCAUACAGCAGUCCAACAAACAUCUCUUCUAUACCAGAUCCUAGCCGCCCCUCCUGGUGCUCGAUUCACUGGCUCCGGAGACCGCAAACAAAUGGUUGCCCGCCUAUCUGCGCUGAUGAUGCUCAAUGCUGCCCUGUGGGAUUAUCGAUACUCACCCAUUCACACUGGUACAUUCCUCAAAACACUAGAACAGGCACUGGUCGACAGCGAAGUUAGUAUGAGCGGCUCAGUCGAGGCAAUUCUUCAGAUCCUUCUCGAAUGCAAAGAUGGCCAUACGGACACUUGGCCUGCAGUUCCAACAGAGCAGCUUCCAGAUUUCACCCAAUACUCUUCCACGGCGACGUCUCCAUUUGCCCGUCCCUGGUUUGUCGGCCGUAUGCUGAAGAUCGCGAAACGAUUGAGCGCCGACUCAUGGUAUCAUGUGAAUGAUUUUCUUUUCUCAUGUCUUACCCUGCAAGUACAUGAAUCAUCCGUGUACCGUUGGGAGGCUGAUUUGCGGCGAGAGAUCCUCGAUGCCCCAUUGACAAGCUAUAUCAUGCCUUCAUUGCCAAGUUGA